AUGUCAUCUUUUGGACUAAUCAGUGUCAAUUUCAUUCCUGGACACUUCUUACUGGAGAGAUCAUUCUUAUUUACCGUGGUAACUGCAGUUUUACCACCAAAGGUAGCUGAAGCAGCUGGUGCCUCUGCCAUCCUUAUCAUCAACAACAACACAAAUCUUUUCAAGAUGGUAUGUGAGAAGGGUGAAGACGUUUUAGAUAUCAGUAUUCAUGUCGUUAUGCUCCCACUUGAUGCUCUUUCAAGUCUCAGAAAAUUUGAUGACGCUAACGACACAGUUACUUUACAGCUCUACUCACCGAAACGUCCUGCAGUUGAUGUAGCUGAGGUCUUUCUCUGGCUUAUGGCUGUUGGUACCAUUCUUUGUGUUUCUUAUUGGUCUGCCUGGACCGCUAGGGAAGAAGUCAUUGAGCAAGACAAGCAGGACGGAUCAGAUGAACAUUUGCUGGUAUCAACCACAAGCUCUAGAAGUGUUGUUGACAUCACCGUGAUAUCAACAAUUUUGUUUGUGGUGAUUUAA